AUGGCGUUUGAUGGCACGUGGAAAGUGGACCGGAACGAAAACUAUGAAAACUUCAUGGAGAAAAUGGGUGUUGGCGUGAUGAAAAGGAAGCUUGGGGCUCAUGACAAUUUGAAACUGACAAUCACACAGGAAGGAAAUAAAUUCACGGUCAAAGAAUCAAGCAACUUCCGAAACAUCGACGUUGUGUUUGAACUCGGUGUCAGCUUUUCCUAUAGUCUAGCAGAUGGAACGGAACUCACUGGGACCUGGAGCAUUGAGGGAAAUAAACUUAUUGGAAAAUUUACACGUGUAGACAAUGGAAAGGAGCUGAUCGCUGUCCGAGAGAUUUCUGGUAAUGAACUAAUUCAGACCUACACUUAUGAAGGAGUGGAGGCCAAGCGGAUCUUUAAGAAGGAAUGAGCCAGCUUCUCGGAGCCUGGAGCCCGUGAAGAGCUAACUGGUGUCAGUUUCCUCUCUCCAUCACGUGAGCCCCAGGCUCAUUCAUCAU